UGUAUUUUUUCUUGCUGUGCUUUUUCAUAUUACCUCAUUCCAUCCACCAUCGCCCCUUUCCCUCCACCCUUUUCUCAUCUCUUCAUCCUCUUCACCUCCACCUUCUGUAACAUCCUCUCCCCACCAUCCCUUCCCUUUCGCUCCAGCUCUUCCUUUUCUUUCUUUAUUUCUAUUUCUAUUUUUAUUUGUGUGUGCGUCCCAUCAGCCUCCUCCACAGCACCGGGAUCAAUGUCCUCCGAGUCGCCCAUCACACAAGUCUCACCAGAGCCGUUCUCAUCGCCCAUCACCCAGGUCCAGCCCGCACCGGCGCCCUCACCCUCACAGUACUAUACUCCAAGCUCACAACAGCAUAGGUACCCUACCAAACUCGUCCUCGAGGUUCGAGGGGUCCGAUUCGAGAUUGAACGCGAGACCCUUAUCAGUCUGCCUGAAAGUAUCCUCAUCGUCAUGUUCCCGAGCGGCCUUAUCCUCCGUCCACAACCGUCGUAUUCAGGAUCAGGGACCAAGGGGCUCAGAGGAACAUCUUCUACCAACACCGCCAAUGCCGCUGCAACUACUACUACUACUACUACUACUACCGCUACUACUGCUACUGCUACUGCUACUACGACAACGGCGACGACGACGACGACAGCUAGCACAGGAGCUGAAGGAUCUGGAGCCGGAGUCGGUGCUAGAGGUGUCACAGGCGCGGGAUUGACAGUACCGGGCGGAGGACAUGGACAUCAACCAUCGGAGAGCACCUAUACAGACUACAGUGAUUACAGCGAUUACAGCUACGAGGAUGAUGAUGAAGACGACGAGGACUAUCGGGACGAUGAUGAUGAUGAGGAUGAUGAAGACGAUGACGAAGACGAGGAAGUGGUGGAACAAGUGAUCCAGGUUGACUUUGAUCCGGUUUGUCUGCAGUACAUCCUCGAAUUUUAUCGCGAAGCUCAGAGAGUGAGCGAGACACAACGGAGAUUGCGGUUGCAGGAGCAGCAGCGGAUGUUGAUGAUCCAGCGACAGCGGUUACAGCAGCAGGUCCAGCAACGCCAACAACAACAACAACAACAACAACAGCAGCAGCAGCAAGCUGCCUUGAACGACGCCAAUGGAUCAACAGGGACGACGACUGUGACGCCACCAAUUGCGCCAACAGCAUCGAGCGUACCGGGGCCUACGCUCACGGCCGAGUCACCGACACCACGGCCAAUACCCUUGAGCUCGAUCCAGCCUCAGAACCCAUUGUUGAAUAAGCAGGCAAUUAUCGUCUUGAGAGAAGAGCUCGAUUACUUUGCGAUUCCACCUUCAUCCAGAGGAAGCAUCAAGAGCAAAGAUAUCCCUGCUACCAGUGCGGGCACACCCAUACCGACAUUAUCUGCAAUAGCCAGUACCACAGCAUCUGGACGCGAGAUCAAGAGAGAUUCCGCUAUCAUGGGCAUCGCUCCAUCAUCCUCGACUACAACCACGGUGACUUCUGCUACAGCAAUAACAACCACGUCCACGGCUACCGCAACCGCCGGUGCUGCUGCAUGUAAUAACGAUACAACACCAGGUCAAUCUAAACCGCUGCCGACGCCACCAACACCACCGCUGAUGAUCAAGACGCAGUGCGGACGAAUUCUUGAGAGGGACCGUAAGAUCUUCACGGCCUUGCAACGCAAUAUCGACAAGGAAAAGAACCAGGCGGAACAACAUCUGAUGGACAUGCUGUGUGUAUCAGGGUUUGAGCGAGACGGCGAGUGGGGGUACCGGAAGCUGGAGUCGAAGAGGACGACGGUGGUCAGCGUUGCGAUGGUGAUGCUUCGGACGAGCGCUGCGGGUGUCUCUGCCACUCCUGCAUCGCCUCUGGGCUCUGCCCGUGCGGCGAAUGCAAGCUCGGGAGAUCCAGCAGCAGUAUCCACCGCUAUGAGGAAUACGAAUGCGGACACGAGUACGAACACAAAUACGACGGCUACAUCAGCGUCGACAUCGACAUCAAUAGAUGCAAAAGGAGCUCAGGAUACCAACGCCGCGGCAGCGAGUUCACAAGAGAAUCUAUUGGCGCCCCCGCAGAAUGAGGACAGCGCUCGGGAUGCAAGUCAGCAAAGCGCCACUGCGACAUCGACACCAACGCUAGCAGGACGGAGUCUUCAAGAGCAGAACCAGAUCCAGAUGGCCAUUGCUCAAAAGCUGCUGUUGUUCUGGCGGAAACCAGCGAGAAAAUGCUGGUGGGACGGUAUUGAAGUCGAGAUUGACCAGAACGUGCAGGACCAGGGCACUGAAGGAUCUGUCAAGGUUCCCGUCCGGCUCUGGGCACGGCGCACUUGGACCCUAGAACUUGUGCUCGUUUAAAGCAACGGCUACGAACACGGAUAUACAGGACAACGAGGGAGAGACCGGAAAGGUAGAUUCUCAGAGUCGUCCUUCCCCCAUAUUUGUUCAUGUACCAUACCAUACUUUGUAUCUUACAUAAACCUAAUAAAAAAAAAUACAUAUACCAGGGACAGAUAGCCGUGGUACCAGAAGAAUCACUGCUGAUAUCCUUCAGUA